CGCACGGAGCCCCCGCCGGGUGCCCGACCCCUACUCGCCACACUCCCAAGUAGGGGUGUGGGGACCCGGCGGGCGCAAGGGAGCGGCCCCCACCUCCAUCCGCCGCUGCCCGUGAAUUAUGCAGGAGGCUGGCACCGGUGUUCGAGUUGCUCAAGUUUCCCUGGCAACUUUCGUCCAGGCAUCCCUCCUCCGGCGCAGCGGGCAGCUCCACCCGCGCGCCCGGGGCCCCAGGCUCCUUCCCCGGGCAGCCUGGCCUCGCAGCCCUGGGUACCCGGUUACUGUAGGGCUCUGGAAGACGCAGACCCAGACCACGCCCUCGCUCCCUGAACUGGGGCCUCUGAGGAAGCCAAGGUUUAGAAACUUCUCCACUCUGCCCACCUCCGCCAUCCAGACUGCAGACUGUGGCUGCUGUAAGGAGCCUUCCUGUGGGACCCGACGUGCUGACAGCUCUGAGAUCCAGACACCAUGCCUCGCAGCCCCACAUCUAGUGAGGACGAGAUGGCCCAAAGCUUCUCCGACUAUUCCAUGGGCUCAGAGUCAGAUAGUUCCAAAGAAGAGACCAUCUAUGACACGAUUCGGGCCACUACAGAGAAACCAAGCGGCCCGAAGAUGGAGGAGAUCCAAGACAACACCUUGGUGAUUCGAGUACUCAUCCAGGAUCUGCAGCAGACAAAGUGCAUUCGAUUUAACCCAGAUGCCACCGUGUGGGUGGCCAAGCAGCGAAUCUUGUGUACCCUGAACCAAGGCCUGAAGGAUGUACUCAACUAUGGGCUCUUCCAGCCGGCCAGCAAUGGGCGGGACGGCAAGUUCCUGGAUGAGGAACGGCUGCUGCGGGAAUACCCACAGCCCACGGGCCAGGGUGUGCCUUCCCUGGAGUUUCGCUAUAAGAAGCGUGUGUACAAGCAGUCCAACCUGGAUGAGAAGCAGCUGGCUAGGCUCCACACAAAGACCAAUCUGAAGAAGUUUAUGGACCACACUCAGCAUCGCUCUGUGGAGAAGCUGGUCAAGCUGCUGGACAGAGGCCUGGAUCCCAAUUUCCAUGACCUGGAGACUGGAGAGACGCCCCUGACCCUGGCUGCCCAGCUCAAUGACUCCAUGGAGGUCAUCAAAGUUCUCAGAAAUGGGGGUGCACAUUUGGAUUUCCGUGCCAGGGAUGGGAUGACCGCCCUUCACAAGGCUGCCCGGAUGAGGAACCAGGUUGCCCUGAAGACCCUCCUGGAGCUCGGUGCCUCCCCAGACUACAAGGACAGCUAUGGACUCACACCAUUGUAUCACACGGCCAUUGUGGGGGGUGACCCUUACUGCUGCGAGCUCCUUCUCCAUGAGCAUGCCUCCGUGUGCUGCAAGGACGAGAACGGCUGGCAUGAGAUCCACCAGGCCUGCAGGUACGGCCAUGUCCAGCAUCUGGAACAUCUGCUCUUCUAUGGCGCGGACAUGAGUGCACAGAACGCCUCGGGAAACACGGCUCUGCAUAUCUGUGCUCUCUACAAUCAGGACAGCUGUGCCAGAGUGCUGCUGUUUCGGGGCGGAAACAAGGAAUUGAAAAACUACAACAGCCAGACGCCAUUUCAGGUGGCAAUAAUAGCGGGGAACUUUGAACUUGCAGAGUACAUCAAGAACCACAAGGAAACAGACAUCGUACCCCUUGUGCCAACCAGGAGGGCCAUCUCUGGGGUUCCUCCCUGCUCUCACCGCCCUACCAUGGGCUGGGCCCGGUCUUGCACAAUGGAUGAGCCAGCUGGCCUGCGCCCUCCAGCACUGGGCUUCCACAGGACCUGCAGCGGGGAGCAGUCCCACUGGACCAGCAGUGUGCCCUUCCGAGAGGCCCCAGCUUAUUCCAACCGCAGGCGGCGGCCCCCCAAUACAUUGGCUGCCCCCAGAGUUCUUCUGCGUUCCAAUAGCGACAACAACCUCCAUGCUGGUGCACCGGAAUGGGCUGUCUGUUCUGCAGCCACCUCCCACCGAAGCCUCUCACCCCAGCUGCUGCAGCAGACACCCAGCAAGCCCGAUGGAGCCACGAAGAGCCUUGGAAGCUAUGUCCCCGGGCCCCGCAGUCGCUCCCCCUCACUCAACAGGCUCGGUGGCACUGGCGAGGAUGGCAAGAGACCACAGCCACAUUGGCAUGUGGGGUCGCCCUUCACUCCUGGUACCAACAAGGACUCCCUUUCAACCUUUGAGUACCCAGGGCCCAGGAGGAAGCUGUACAGUGCGGUGCCCGGGAGACUCUUCGUCGCCAUCAAGCCAUACCAACCCCAAGUUGACGGCGAGAUCCCCCUUCAUCGAGGCGACAGAGUCAAAGUUCUGAGCAUUGGCGAGGGCGGCUUCUGGGAAGGCAGCGCCCGUGGCCAUAUCGGAUGGUUCCCGGCUGAGUGUGUGGAGGAGGUGCAGUGCAAACCCCGGGACAGCCAGGCAGAAACCCGUGCUGACCGCAGCAAGAAACUCUUCCGGCAUUACACAGUGGGCUCUUAUGACAGCUUCGAUGCUGCCAGUGACUGCAUUAUUGAGGACAAGACGGUGGUCCUGCAGAAGAAAGACAACGAGGGCUUUGGAUUCGUGCUCCGAGGGGCAAAAGCCGAUACCCCCAUUGAGGAGUUCACACCGACACCGGCAUUCCCAGCCCUGCAGUACCUGGAGUCCGUGGAUGAAGGUGGGGUUGCGUGGCAAGCCGGACUAAGGACCGGGGACUUCUUGAUUGAGGUUAACAAUGAAAAUGUCGUCAAGGUGGGCCACCGGCAGGUGGUGAACAUGAUCCGCCAGGGAGGGAAUCACCUCGUCCUUAAGGUCGUCACGGUGACCAGGAAUCUAGACCCUGAUGAUACUGCCAGAAAGAAAGCUCCCCCACCUCCAAAGCGGGCUCCGACUACGGCCCUUACCCUGCGUUCCAAGUCCAUGACAGCAGAACUGGAGGAACUCGGCCUCUCACUAGUGGACAAAGCCUCAGUCCGGAAGAAGAAGGAUAAACCUGAAGAGAUAGUGCCAGCCUCCAAGCCUUCCAGGACCGCAGAGAAUGUGGCCAUAGAAUCGAGGGUGGCGACAAUCAAGCAGCGGCCCACUAGCCGGUGCUUCCCAGCAGCCUCUGAUGUGAACUCCGUGUACGAGCGCCAAGGGAUUGCUGUAAUGACGCCCACGGUCCCUGGGAGCCCGAAAGGCCCAUUUCUGGGCCUCCCUCGAGGUACGAUGCGAAGGCAGAAAUCGAUAGACAGCAGAAUCUUUCUAUCAGGGAUAACAGAGGAAGAGCGGCAGUUUCUGGCUCCCCCGAUGCUGAAGUUCACCCGAAGCUUGUCCAUGCCAGACACUUCUGAGGACAUACCCCCUCCGCCGCAGUCUGUGCCCCCAUCUCCCCCUCCACCUUCCCCCACCACGUACAACUGCCCCAAGUCCCCGACUCCAAGAGUCUAUGGGACAAUUAAGCCUGCAUUCAAUCAGAACCCCGUCGCCAAGGUGCCGCCAGCGACCAGGUCUGAUACUGUGGCCACCAUGAUGCGGGAAAAGGGGAUGUUCUACAGGAGAGAGCUGGACCGAUUCUCCCUGGACUCUGAAGAUGUCUACAGCCGCAGCCCCGCCCCACAGGCCGCCUUCCGCACCAAGCGGGGACAGAUGCCUGAGAACCCAUACUCAGAGGUGGGGAAGAUAGCCAGCAAGGCUGUCUACGUCCCUGCCAAGCCAGCCAGGCGGAAGGGCAUGCUGGUGAAGCAGUCCAACGUGGAGGACAGCCCUGAGAAGACAUGCUCCAUCCCCAUCCCAACCAUCAUCGUCAAGGAACCCUCCACCAGCAGCAGCGGCAAGAGCAGCCAGGGCAGCAGCAUGGAGAUCGACCCCCAGGCCACCGAGCCUGGCCAGCUGAGGCCAGAUGACAGCCUCACUGUCAGCAGUCCCUUCGCUGCCGCCAUUGCUGGGGCUGUGCGUGACCGGGAGAAGCGUCUGGAAGCCAGGAGGAAUUCCCCGGCCUUCCUCUCCACAGACCUGGGAGAUGAGGAUGUGGGUCUGGGGCCACCUGCUCCCCGGAUACGGCCCUCCAACUUCCCUGAGGAAGGUGGGUUUGGUGACGAGGAUGGAACAGAACAGCCACUAUCGCCUACCCCUGGGACAGCACCCAGGGAGCUGGAAAACCACUUCCUAGGUGGUGGUGAGGCUGGUACUGCAGGGGAGACCGGGGGACCCCUGAGUUCCACAUCUAAAGCCAAGGGGCCUGAGAGUGGCCUAGCAGCUCCUCUCAAGAGUGGCAGCCCAGUCAGCCCUGAGAAUUACGUGCACCCACUCACAGGGCGGUUGCUCGACCCCAGCUCCCCACUGGCCCUGGCACUCUCCGCCAGGGAUCGAGCCAUGCAGGAGUCUCAGCAGGGGCACAAGGGGGAGGCCCCCAAGGCUGACCUCAACAAGCCUCUCUACAUCGAUACCAAAAUGCGGCCCAGUGUGGAGUCCGGCUUUCCUCCAGUCACCAGGCAGAACACCCGGGGUCCCCUGCGACGGCAAGAGACAGAGAACAAGUACGAGACAGACCUGAGCAAGGACCGGAGGGGUGACGAUAAGAAGAACAUGCUGAUCAACAUCGUGGAUACGGCCCAGCAGAAGUCAGCCGGCCUGCUGAUGGUGCACACGGUGGACAUCCCCACGGCAGGGCCACCCCUGGAGGAAGAGGAGGACAGAGAGGAUGUGGAUAUAAAGCCAGACCACUCACCCUCCACAGUGCCAGAAGGCGUUCCCAAAACCGAAGGUGCUUUACAGAUCUCCGCUGCCCCGGAGCCCGCCGCUACGCCCGGCAGGACCAUUGUGGCAGCGGGCUCCGUGGAAGAGGCAGUGAUUCUGCCAUUCCGCAUCCCCCCUCCCCCUCUGGCGUCCGUGGACUUGGAUGAGGACUUCCUUUUCACAGAACCGUUGCCUCCUCCCCUGGAAUUUGCAAAUAGUUUUGAUAUUCCUGAUGACCGGGCAGCUUCAGUUCCCGCUCUUGCUGACUUGGUCAAGCAGAAGAAAAAUGACACCCCUCAGCCCCCUUCGUUGAACUCCAGGCAGCCAGCCAACUCUACAGACAGUAAGAAGCCAAUGGGCAUUUCAAACUGUCUGCCCUCCUCAUUCCUGCCACCCCCCGAAAACUUUGACGCCAUCACCGACUCCGGGAUCGAGGAGGUGGACAGCCGGAGUAGCAGCGACCACCAUCUCGAGACAACCAGCACCAUCUCCACAGUGUCCAGUAUCUCCACACUGUCCUCAGAGGGUGGGGAGAGCAUGGAUACCUGUACAGUCUAUGCAGACGGGCAAGCCUUUGUGGUUGACAAACCCCCAGUACCUCCAAAGCCAAAAAUGAAGCCCAUUGUGCACAAAAGCAACGCACUUUACCAAGACACGCUCCCGGAAGAGGACACAGAUGGCUUCGUGAUCCCCCCACCCGCACCCCCGCCCCCACCGGGCAGUGCCCAGGCCAGUAUGGCGAAAGUCAUCCAGCCAAGGACCUCCAAGUUGUGGGGUGAUGUCACAGAGGUCAAAAGCCCAAUUCUCUCAGGCCCAAAGGCAAAUGUCAUUAGUGAGCUAAACUCCAUUCUGCAGCAGAUGAACAGGGGGAAAUCCAUCAAGCCCGGGGAAGGGCUGGAACUGCCCGUGGGAGCCAAGUCAGCCAACCUCGCUCCAAGAAGCCCCGAGAUCAUGAGCACAGUCUCAGGAACACGGAGCACUACGGUCACCUUCACUGUUCGCCCCGGCACCUCCCAGCCCAUCUCCCUGCAGAGCCGGCCCCCCGACUAUGAAAGCAGGACCUCAGGACCACGGCGUGCCCCGAGCCCCGUGGUCUCACCCACAGAAUUGAACAAAGAGAUUCUGCCCACCCCUCUGUCUGCUGCCGCAGCCUCUCCCUCCCCCACACUCUCAGAUGUCUUUAGCCUUCCGAGCCAGUCCCCUGCAGGGGACCUCUUUGGCUUGAACCCAGCAGGACGCAGCAGGUCACCAUCUCCUUCAAUACUGCAACAGCCAAUCUCAAAUAAGCCUUUUACAACUAAGCCUGUCCACCUGUGGACGAAACCAGACGUGGCAGACUGGCUGGAAAGUCUGAACUUGGGCGAACACAAGGAGACCUUCAUGGACAAUGAGAUUGAUGGUAGCCACCUGCCAAACCUCCAGAAGGAAGACUUGAUAGAUCUGGGGGUGACUCGAGUCGGGCAUAGGAUGAACAUAGAAAGGGCUUUGAAACAGCUGCUGGACAGAUAAGGGUGGCUGCCCUGGGCCUUUACAGACUCCUUUGUUAUAAGUAGAGAUGGGCUUAUGUUGAAAUGUGUGGUGGCCAAACAGAGGCUGAGAGCACCACUCUCGGUCCAUGGGCUUGUCUCUGGGUACCCAAAGAAACGCUGUGGGUGUCCUUGGUGUGGCCAAACCAGGGCCUCAAAACCCAGCUCUUCAUGCAGAUUUCUUGGGCGGCUUCUGUCCAAAGGGAUGGUAAGGGGGUUUUCUGUCAUGGUCCCAGAGGUUCCUGUCGAUGGCAUGUGGGACCCUCUCCUCCUGUGGCAGGUACCAGUGUACUCCAGAUACCUCCUGAGGCCUCCCUCCUCUGCCUUCUGGGCAGCUCUCACCCUCCAGCCCCAGAACACAGCCUUUCUUCAGGCCUGUGGCCUCCGGGUGGGCUCACUGGCUCCUAUCCCUCCCCUGUGCUCAGCUCUCAGUGAGCAGCUCCAGGUGGAGCCCCGCCUGAGCCAGACGGUAGAGAAAUGCUGUCCCAUCCGCCUCUUUGUCUGACUCCUGUGAUGUGCAUCUGAGCUUCUUUGGCCCCAAGGUCCCUGGCAGUGGUGGCUGUGUGGACGGGAUCGUGCCCAGCUUGCUUAACUUGCUUUCUCUAUUCCUGCAAACCGAUUAGCAUUUAAUUCCAGGGUGGCCAAACUGAAGUCACACGGAGUUAGUCAAAGCACAAAGUCACGAUCCUGAGGAGGAGGGAGGCCUGGCUGCAGAGCCAACCAGUGUGUGGCUGUCUAAGCCCACAACCUCCAGGACAAGAGCAGGUGUCUGCCCAGAGCAGCAGCUACCCAGGAGAGAGAGGCGGGGGCUCUCGAAUUUACUUUAACUAUCCGGAUGUCUGCUGAGCUCCACAGAGGACAGGACAGAUAAGCAACUGAUCUGACAAGGACAAGAAGACCUGAGGCUCGUGGUAAGCACGGCUGCCCAGGGAAGCUGUUGUCCUCCCUGGGAGAGAAUGGGAUGCCAUGCCUUCCAUCCACACCAGGCCAUGGGAAGCAUCCUGCUGAGGCAGCCCUUUGCCUCUCAGAGGCCAAGAAAGGUGGAACUCAGGGGCCUUUCUCCCUUCUCUCAGAUAGCGGGGAUCCCACCAGCUUGUCUUAACUGUAAGUCUGGGUCUCAGAGAAGCCCAUGGUCAGGACCUGGUGGACAGAAAGUGGGGCACAGGUUGUGGCAAAGUGUAAGCAUGUGUGGAAAGGAAGGCAGGGAGCAUCCUGGACCAAGCCUCACCUCAGGCCCGCUGCCUGAGCCUGCCCUUCCCCCAGAUCUCCUCCCUCCCAAAACAAUACCUCUAAUGUCCCAGGGAGGUCACCGACUGCACACAGCCACUAUGCAGCCAGCCAGGCUCCCGAAUCCCCCUCUCCCGCACACUCAGAGGAGACGUCAAUGUCAGGUUAUGGUUUUAUUAUUUCAGAACUAGCCCAGCCCAUCUCUAAUUAUAAAACAUUGUUUCUUUUUUUUUUUUCCUUCACUUAUGCUCACAACCACAUGUCUGACGAGGCCUGGAACAGCUCUGGAAUGAAAACAUAAAAUUUAGCAAUUUUUAAAAAAAAAAAAUCUUUCUUUACCGCAGGUUUAAAUAUGUGUACAGAUAGUUCAUAAGCACAAUAUUUUAAGGGGGAAAAAAGUGGCUGGUCUACUGGGCAGCCUCUGUGCCACCUCGUGCUGGAAUGCUAAAGGGAGAAAGGGUUCACGGUUUAAUGACACCAUUUCCUUGGGACAAUUAUACAAGCAACCUUUUAAAAUAGCUUUCUUCCCUGGCCACAUCGGAGCCUGCAGCUCUUCCCUUCCCAGCCUUGCCACAGAGCCAUCACUGAAGGGCAAUUAUUUCUUCAAAAAUGAUUACAAUCUACAGCUUGGCAGUUUCUCCAAAAUCAAUGCCCCCCUCACACCACACACACACAUGUACACACACACACACGCCCUCACACACCCCUUGAAAUGGAGACCAAGGCUUCAAAUCUGACUUUUCCCCCCAAACCCUUGGCAGGCCAACCCCAACUUAUGAAUCAUCCGCUCACCUGGUAGCAGGUGACUGGCAAGCACCUUGUCUGGGUUCUGUUGGUUCCCCACAGCAAGGUGAAGGAGUAAUGCCCCAGACACACACGAAUCCAGACACUGUGGGUCGCCGGCAAAGAGUUCAGAGUGUGGAAGUGUGGCCCUGCCAUUAAUCUGUCUUCCAUGGGUGGUUCUCUGAAGUCCCCUCGGUGUGCCAUGUCACUGGGCUCCUUUCCUUUGCCUCCGGUUGGCAUUACCUCUGUACUCAGUGCCAGGCAGAUGCCAGGCAGGAGACCUGAUGGCUUGGGACCCGCUGGACUUAGGCAGCAGGUGACAGGCCAUGACUGCCUUCCUUAGACUUCAAGCCACAUGCCACCAAGCAGAAGCAAGCUGACUGCCAGCCUCGGGAGCUGAUAAGCCAGCUCUGCUUAGCAGUGUCUGGUCACAGAAACACCGCUGGGCCUAUCAGAACCCACCCCCAACCACCCGAACACACGUUUGCCUAGUUGACUGGUCUCUAUCUCUGAUAGCUAAUGUUGCUAAGAAAGCAAUAGUCCCUCACUGAAAUUGCCGCAAUUGCUCUCCCCAGUUGGAACAUGUCAGGACCAGGCCCUGCUCCAGGACCCCCUUCAGUGGUGAAUCAGAUGUUAAACUGCUCAUGAGGACCAUGUUACCACUCUUCCAGGUUUUAAGAUCAACUUUUGUUAUAUACUGUAAUUUAAAUAACUGCAUAAAUUUACAUGCCUAAUUUCUGUAAUAUUGUGUAUACAAAACCAAAAUCUCUCAAGCUGUAAAUUGUGUAUACCCGCCAGGAUCCCUGCUCUGGGGUGUCCGUGCGCAUUUUAGAUUUAAUUCAUACAAUUAAAAAUAACUCAGUGUGACUGCUGCUGUGCUGAAACUUUACAUAAGAAAUCUUUGUGAUACUUUAGUUAAUAAAAUGGUGAGUUUUUUCCUAAGUUAUUGAACAAGCAAACAUUACCCAGCUGACCUGGCAAGGACUUUUGUGUGUGUGUGCGAGUGGGGGGGGCCACAAAUAAUGAUUAUUUUUCUCCCAUUAGCAAUUUUCGGUUUUAAAUACUAACUUGUUUCACACUAGAGUUUGUGUGUAACAACACAUGUCACAUUAUCUUUGUUGCUGUUAAUUUUGUGCUCUUUUUCUUUUUAGACUUUAUUUAGAGGGAGAGAGAGAGAGAAAGAGAGAGAGAGAGAAAGUUCCUGUACUUUGCACUCCCCCCCCAAAAAAAAAUCCUUCGAUCUCUUGUAUGGCAACCAAAAUUACUGUAAAAAAAAUAAAUAUACUCUUGCAAUAAGGUUGUGGUUCUGAUUACAAAGGGGAAGGUGGAACCUGACUCCUCAGAGCUAUCAAGUUUGCCAUCCAGUGUAGGGUGUUUCCCACACCUUAGUCAGCUUUACCUGGACCAGGUGACGUGACGGCGUGGCAUCUCUCCUUCAGCCACUUUGCCUCAAGCCUGUUUCCUCAAGUGCCCUCAUUGUCUAAGCGGAAACCUUGUAUAUUAUUUUAGAACUGUACAAAAUGUCAAAGUGGGCUCACAUGACCACUCCCGAGAGCGUCAGGCCUGGCUGUCCCUUUAGUUUCAGGGUGGGUGCAGGGCACCCAGAGACCAAGCCAAGUUCGGCUCCCUCUUUCCUGGGAGGAGAGGUGUCCUCGCCACACUGAGGGGUGUCGGCUGGCCAGAGGUCAUGGGAGCUGAAGACCAAGUAGCUUCUCUAGCUGACCUAACCAGCCGAUGUUUUCGUGAGCUGCAGUGGACUAAGGCCAGGGGAGCAAGAGAGAAUCUGGGUCUUUAGCAAACUGCUGAAUCAGGAGCCCAGGGCUGUCCGUGCACUUCCGGAAAGUAUAUGAGAAAACCGCUGAACCCCUCUGGCCUCCUGAGUUCCCCGACAGAGUCUCUUCUUGGACACACCCUUCAUCCAAGUAGCAGCAGCCACUGCGUCCCGUCCUAGUCCUUUGCUCCCUGAAGUCCCCAGCAGAUCCUCCCAGACCGUCAGUUCUCCAGUUUCCCAAUCCAGUGAUGUUUCCCAGACCCCGUGGUAAGGUGGGCCUCCAUCAGGAGAUGUCUACUGGUCAACUUUCUCUUUUCUUGAACUGUAUUGAGGCGUCUGCUCCCUGGGGGUCUGUACCAUGUCUGCACCUUUGGAUGCCCUGGGUGGGAGCAUCCUGGAUGGAGGGGUCCCACAACCACAGGUAUACAGCUGCCUGCUUUGGGUAGAAUCCGGCAGUGUCCACUACCCUGCCCCAGAUUCUGUCAGCCCCAUGUCUCACCCUUCAAGUUCCCACUGAUGACGCAGAUUCUUCCUGCGCUCCGGGAUGUGGGUUUGUAGCUCAUAGUCUUUGCUGGUUGAUGUUUAAAGUCACGACAGCCACUGUUUGCGGCUUCUGCUAGAACUCUGCUCACAGCCAAUCCGAAACUUUAUUACAAGCCUUCAAAUAAAUACUGAAUAGAAAAAAAUUGAUUUAAAAACAAAGUGUGUGCCUUGGGUGUUUUGAACUAAUCUGCAUAAAACCAUACUGUAACUGUAUAUUUGAUGAGGGAUCAAUAGAUCUUCAAUGUAUAAUGUAGCUGAUAAAAAUAGUUCUGGUGCCUUGUCUUCUGAACCGAGAAGCCCAGAUCAAUGCACAACCUAAAGAAGCAAAGCCCGACUAGAGAACUGAGUGCUGAGAGGCGUGAGCCCCUGUGUGGGGGGCCUUCUCGUCAGAAGACUGUGGAACACACACAGUCCUUUAUGCUUAAAAAAACAAAAGAGAGA